AUGUCUAUCAAGCUCCUCCUCCUCGCCCUACCAGUCCUCGCCGCUGCAAAGCCCAUCGCGAACCCCGACCCAAGAGUCAUUCCAUGGCCCAGUGUAGUAGAGCCCUCCAACCUUCCCAACCCCAAUGGUCCGAAGAGUCCGCCCGUCCCCACCAUGUCCCCCGUACCACCUGAGCCCGAGCCCGACCACCCAUGGCCAGAGAUAGACCCGCCCAUAAAGGGUCACUGCGAGCGCGUAGAAUGCCUCGACGUCGUAGGCCGCGGACCAUGUCUCCAGGCCUGUUGCCCCGGGGGAGAGUCGUACUGCUCCGCCGGAAGCUGCGCCGGUUCCGGAUACUGCUGCCCUGUCGGUUGGUGGUGUGAUGCUCCCGGUGGACCGAGAGACUGUUCCAAGCAGGACUGUGGGUACGGUGAUGUCGCCAUGUAA